UUAAGGUCUUUACAACAUCAAUAUGCCUACCACUUAUUAAUUAGUACUUGUAGUAAUAACUGAAUUUAGUCGAUUAGUUUAAUUAAUGCCGCAAAGAGAGAAAAGAGAAGUCCUGUCAUUGAGCAACUGUUUUUUUUUCUCAACACAUAGUCCCUCCCUCAGUCCCCCAUCAUAUAAAAUAAGUGUCUAUUUGGGUUGACGUAAUAAGUGUCUGGUAUGAGUGUUUAGAUCAGUAUGUCUGAAGGAAUAGUCUACGCUGAUGUGAAGUUCAAAAAGCACCAACAGACUGAAGGAAAAGAUGGUGCAACAGCAUCCACAGUGAAUGAUGCCACGUACUCUGAAAUCUCAAUUCCCAAAGCCGGACGCAACCAGACAUCUACCGACACUAAUGCUGGUGACCCUGAUUCUCAGGAGGGGUCAAAGGUCAGAGCAGGUGGAUGUGACCCUGUCAAAGUGGUCCUGGUGACUCUCUGUUUUCUUCUGAUGGGGAUGGUCAUUGGACUUCGGUUUCUGUCUGGUGACCCUGAUUCUCAGAAGGGGUCAAAGGUCAAACCAGGUGGAUAUGACCCUGUCAAAGUGGUCCUGGUGACUCUCUGUGUUCUUCUGAUGGGGACGGUCAUUGGACUUGUGUUCCUGUAUAUCAGCAACCUGCCAACCAAAAACACAGAGCUCCAAAUUCUGCAAGCGGCUUACAAUCGAAAUCUUACAGAUUUGGAAAAAGCUUUUACCUCAGCUUUAAUGAUCAAAAACAGAGAGCUUCAAGAACUGCAAGUCAAGAACAAAGAUCUUCAGGAGAAGGAACGUGCAGUUCGGCAACAAAAUGAAGAAUUGAGAAAGCAGAGAACUCCACCUUCUUGCCCUACAAACACAGGGAAUAAUGACUGUCCUAAACCUAUGAACUGUGCUGAAGGCUGGGAGUAUUAUGGGGGGAAGUGCUAUUACUUCUCCCCUGAUAAACUGACCUGGGCUCAGAGUCGGGAUGAGUGUAUCACCAGGGGGGGGGACCUUGUCAUCAUAGGGAGCCUAGAGGAGCAGAAAUUCUUAGAUCAGAAAAUUGGUACAAAAAUAAGUACGGAGCCUGAAGACAAGUUCUGGAUUGGGCUGACGGACAGUAUAAAUGAGAAUGUGUGGUUAUGGGUGGACAAUUCAUCUCUAAGCACAAGCUUCUGGCUUGGUGACCGGGAGCCAGAUGACUGGAAAGGAGAGAAUCCCGACGGUGAAGACUGUGCUAGAAUGGGGGAACCGGAUGGUACUAAUGACGGCAAGAGUUGGUUGGAUGUCAACUGUAAUAAGACUCAAAGAAGAAUAUGUGAGACAAAAUCCCCCUUGUGAAACAGUAUCUUUAAGAAACUCAAAAGUUCCUUUUAAAUAUGUCUCUGAACAACCCCAAAGUAUUUUUUGCUGGCAUUGAUAAAAAGGAGGAGAAACUGUAUUAUGACUGAUUUACAGGAGAUUACUGCAGAUAUUCACAUCUUUCUUUUUUUGUACAUACAUUUUUUAUACAUUUUAUGCUAUGGUGUAAAACAAACCAAAUCCCCAACUGAGUCUAAUGAAAAACUUGUCAGAUACAUUCAGUUCACGCCUCUUCACUUCUCAGUAGGCUACAGGUGUUGGAUCUUAAUUUGCAGAGUAUUGUUGUUGCAAUAAGAUUUGAACUUUAGUCCUUCAAUCAUGUCAUAUGUUGCUUGAUUGGUGGUUAAGCUGUUACCUGGCCAAAUUUAGGCUACAUGAAAAGUGCAAUAUUGUUAAGUGUGUGUGUUAGUGUGGGUUUUCAAUUCAUUUUUGUAAAUCAUGAAACAUAUUUCCAUUUUGCAGUGCAGGAAAAUUCUCAGCAACAAGAGUGAUAAAAUUAAGAUCCUACACCUGUACAUCAUCCUCGGUGUGUUUUGUACAUGUAUAUUUCUGCUUAACAGUGCUGUCUCUAGGCUAGUCAUUUGAGAGAAAAAAUAUUGUGUGUGUGUCUAUCCAAACCAUUGAAUUAAUAAAGUAAAAUUCGUUUUU